AUGGACAGGGGUCACACUGAGGCACAAUAUAAAUUCAAUUUCAUCCUGGUGGAUGAAGAUUGCCAGGAAUGUCAGACUGCCAAGCAAAAUGCUAUCACUUCAAACAUACCUGACACAUUUAGGUACAAAGAAAGUCAACUACCCUUGCAAGGAAAAAUGUGGAAAAAGCUAGCUCAAUUAGAAAAAGAACAAUGCCGACAGCGAGACAUUGGUGCUAAAAGCCCUGAGAUGUACAAGAGUGAGCUCAAAGUUAAGAAAACACAACUCAGGGAAAAACAGGCUGCAUAUGACAUGUCUAAAGCAAUGACCUGCUUCAUCAGUGCCAUAUCAACACCUGGAUUAGAAAGGUCCUAUGUCUUGAAAUGGAUGCGAAUGAACCUUGACAAUCUGUCCCGUGAAAGCCUCAGUGGUCUUAGGGAGCAGUAUAAAGAAAAAUGUCAAAACUCCUCAGAAAACAAAGAAGACAUCAAAGAUCUUGACAAACAGAUUUCAAACAGUUCCCUAGGAACUGAACAUUUUCUCCGUGAAAUGGGUCAGCUCUAUGAAUCUUCAGUCUUACUCCCAGAGGGUGAGGUAUCACGGCAACAACUUCUCCAUCUUCCCAAGCUAUGUGCAGAGUUACUCCUGGAUGGAUAUCCCCUGGAACUGGUGGACGGAGAUGCAUCCAACAUACCACUGAGAUGGGUGAGUGAUGUUCUGUGUGAACUUGAUGCCUUGGUGAAGCCAAAGAACAAGAUCAUGGUGAUCACAGUUCUAGGAGUCCAGAGUACAGGGAAAUCCACUCUCCUCAACACCAUGUUUGGGGUCCAGUUUGCAGUCAGUAGUGGAAGAUGCACAAGAGGGGCCUUCAUGCUGCUCAUCAAGGUUAAAGAAGACUUCAAAAAGCAACUUGAUUGUGAUUUUGUAGUGAUCAUUGACACAGAGGGUCUCAAGUCACCAGAGCUUGCACAGCUAGAUGAUAGCCACGAGCAUGACAAUGAGCUGGCAACGCUUGUGAUAGGGCUAAGUGACAUCACAAUUAUCAAUAUUGCCAUGGAGAACUCGACAGAGAUGAAGGACAUCCUGCAGAUAGUGGUCCACGCUUUCCUCAGGAUGAAAGAAGUAGGGAAAAAGCCCAAGUGUCAGUUUGUGCAUCAGAACGUGUCAGAUGUUUCUGCACAUGACAAGAACAUGAGAGACAGGAAAAUGCUGUUGGAGCAGUUGAAUGAAAUGACCCAAGCAGCAGCCAAAAUGGAAAACAAAGAAGAGAAUAAGAACUUCACUGAUGUGAUCGAGUACAAUCCAGACACAGGCAACUGGUACAUCCCUGGACUGUGGCAUGGAAACCCACCAAUGGCACCAGUCAACGCAGGGUACAGUGAAGCGGUCUUUGAGCUCAAAAGAAACAUGGUCCAAGUUUUGCAAAGAUGUGACAUAUCUAAAAACAACAUAAUGGAGUUUCUGGAGUGGACAAAAAGCUUAUGGAAUGCUGUAAAAUAUGAGAACUUUAUCUUCAGCUUCAGAAACAGCCUUGUGGCCGAUGCCUACAUGAAGUUGUGCACCAAAUUCAAUAAAUGGGAAUGGGAAUUUAGAAAGCACAUGUACACAUGGGUUGCAAAUGCUCAAACAAAGAUAUCCAACUUCAGAACAAUUCUUGAUGAAUUUCAGACAUCAGAUAUUGAAGAAUUACUUGUCGACUUGAAAAGCAAAGCCUUGUCACAAAUCUCAAAGUGGGAGAAAAUCCUUCUUGACAACUUGACCAAGUACUAUGAACAAACGGAAGGUCAUGUUUGUCUAGUUGAGGGGUAUAGAGAAACGUUCUCUAACACUGCAAAGAGCCUUCGAAGAGAAAUGGAGAACUCUGUGCUCAAUCAACUGGAAGCAGCUGUUGAAAUCAGAAAGGGAAUGUGCAGUCUUGAAACUAUCAAGGAAAACCACACAAUCAAACUGGAACAGAGGGUGCUUGAACUCCUUGAGGAAUGUAGAAAAAGCAAAGUUCAAAAGUCCGACAAAGAUCUUGACAGAGAUUUUGACAAAAUGUGGGAUACAACUGUGAAGGAGUUGUCUUUCAAGGGACUAGACCCAAAAGAUGUUGUGGAAAAGGUGUUGAAGCAGCUUCGCUUGAAUCUAAAACAGAGAGCAAGCCCCUUAAUCAAGACAGUAAAUAACAUUAAAUUGAAUCAGUGUGGGGUAGAGCCAUUCGAUGUGCCCAUUGAUGGCUUUUUCAAGAAAGUAAAACAUGCCGUAAUAAAUAUGUUUUACUUGGACGAUCACAUUUCGAAACUCCAAGCACUUGCAGACAGUAUUAUAUAUGCAUGCUUACUGUUAAUUAAUGACAAAGUACAAAAGGAGACUGACUACCAUGACAAUGACAUCCAAGAGGUCCUGCACAUUAUUGACGAAAGGUUGUCUGCUAGCAGAGAUCCUCAGACCAACUGUGAAUUUGAAGUCAAACUCAAGUUACAUAUUUGUGGAAUUGCAUCAAGGCAAUUACAGGAAAUGCAUGGACAUUUCAUUGAAGUCAAUGACCCACGCCGAUGCCUUGAGCAAUACAGAAACAAGUACCAUGAUGAUUUCAAAGACUUGUUUAACAAACGAGACCAAUGUAAGACUAAAGCAGAAGAAUUCACACAACUAUGCCUCAAACCUGCAGUGGAAGCCAAUGUCCUCAACUCUUUAGGUCCAGAUAUUGUAGAUGAAAUGCUGACUGGAAGAAAUGCUCUUCAAUUUAGCACUCGUGCAUUUUUUCAGUAUUCUGUCUUGAAACAUUUGAUCUCCGAGUUCAGGUUUGAGAACUACUAUGUCAGCUAUAUUGUUUCCUAUGAAGAAUACGUAAAAAAAUGGAUAUAUAAUCAAAUCAAGGAACAUCUUUCAAAUGGGUUGAAAAUCUGGGAAUUACAGCAACGCCAUCUUAAAGCAAAUAUUCAAAAUAUAACUGAUGCCAUCACGAAGAUGCAAAAAGACAAAAACUGCAAUUUGGAGAAAUAUGUUCAGAAUAUUUGCAAGGAACUUGGAAAUACAUUGGUUAUUCCCAAAGAUGCUUUAAGUGCAUUCAUGAUCCUCAAUAAUGCUGACCAAGAGCAGUUUGCCCAGUGGCUCAAAAAAUCCAUUGAGGAAAUGGAACAAUCCUUAAUGAUCAAGCUACAAAAACAGAGUGUACAGAGUAUACUGGAAGCAUUGAGAAUCAAACCACAAGAUAUCCUUUUUAACCGAGUGUUUGGAUGUGGCAUGCAGUGUCCAUUUUGUAAAGCACCAUGUGAGGCAGGUGGCAAGGCCCACACAGACCAUUUUGCCUCAGUACACCGGCCACAGGGUCUUGGCACAUAUAGGUUUUUACAUUCCAGAAAAUUAGAUACUGAUAUUUGCUCUUCACUUGUGUUCUGUGAAGGUUGUUUCUGUUGCUAUGAGACAGAUGAAGAAAACCACCCUUACAAAAAGUACCAAGAGAUUUAUCCAGACUGGCACAUUCCUGCAGAUCCCAGUAUCCAGGCCUCAGACUACUGGAAAUAUGUUAUGACUCAUUUCAACAAAAAGUUUGCCAAAGAGUACAAGGCUUUACCUGCAGAUAUCCCCCCAGCUUGGAAAAACAUCACAAAAGAACAGGCAGAAAAUAGCCUCAAAGAGUGUUUUAGCAUAAAAUGAGACUCCACCUGUCUCAAAGAGGGCAGUCUCAAUAUAUUUUCACAUAUAACUUUUCAUAAUAGUAGUGAGAGCAGAACUCAUUUAACCAAGACUUAAAAAUUAGGUUGAUGUUUUGGUUCCAGUUACACAACACUUGGCCUGUACUGUACUUCAAAUAAUAAGACAACACUACUUGAUAAAUUGAUUGUGUGAAUCACAUUGGAUGACAUUGUCACUGAUAACCGUGCUGUCUUAUUGAAGCUUUGCCUUCUUGUGACAAAGAUUGUUGGCCUUCUUGAUACUGUUUCAAGUAUUUGUUUAUCAUGUUAGUUUUUCUUCUUUUAUCUUUAUGAACAUUUAGUGUAUUUGAAGUAACUAAUCAUAUGUAGUCGAUUAUAUGAAUUCAAAUACCGUACUAAUAACUGAAUAUGUUUUGUAGGUUUUACUGGUGGUUUGGACCUUGCUUUAAAAUGAAAAAAUGUUUGAUAGUUGUCUUUUGUUUAUGAUUGUUUUUCCUCACAAGAGCAUGGAUUAUUUUAACAUGUUCUAAUGUGGUUUAAGUUCUUUAUACUCACUUGUAUUUUAUGUAAUCAAGAAUUUGUCUAGUAGAAUAAUUCAAAUACCUCACUGGUAACAAACAUUCUAACGGUGGUUAGCCUUCUUGGGAUAAACCGACACAUUUUUGUUGUGUUUCUUUAGUUAUUCUUCUAAAGAAAGAUUAUUUGAUUGUGCCUUAAUGUGGUGGAAUUGCUUUACAGCCACUUCUUCAAUUCGAUGUAAUCAAGCAUUUGUAGUCCACUAUGUAAUGUGAUUCAGGAUACGAUGAGAUGCAAAUACAGUGUAUGUAACUCUUAAUGAACACUUGCAUCCCACACAAGGAAAGCAUCAAAUAUUAUUUCCAUCUGUAUGAUUCUAAUGUUUCAUUCUAAUGAUUUGUAAUAUUCUGAAGAGACUUUGAACUGAAAAGCUUCCACGUUUUCACGUUGCAGAGGUUUAAUAAAGAGUCAAAAUCACCAACCUA